AACACGAAACUCCCAGGAAGAAGAGGUUGUCGAUUCCUCUCUCCCUUGGACAGCCACAGAGCCAACCCUAAUCAACGGGUUAGAAAUGAGCGGCAUGCUUCAUGGAGUUGAAAGUGCUCGGAGGCGACGAUUUCAUCAUACUGGAGUCGAUUUCUCUGAUUUAGCGAUUGGAACAGUUGGAUCAACAAGUAGAUCUUCUUUUUGUUUGUAUUCGAGUAAUUUCGCAUCUCAUAAUAGCUUUGCCCCGAGAAGCACAACUAACCAGAUUUAUCAAGUUGAAGAGCUUGGAGGUGUAGCUAGGGUCGCUAAAGAUAGAUUGGAUGAAAGACUUAAAGCUCAGUGGAAAUCUGAUGCUAAAAGGAUUGAUGUGAGGAAUAAUAAUGGACAGUAUCACCGAGGGCUUUUCAUGCCCUUCCAAAUAAUAUUCAGUUAUCAUAGAGGGUUUUUUUCAUGCUCUCGCAAAUAA